AUGAUAUUAGGAGAGAGACUGCGAGGUGGUGCUCUCACUGACUCACACAAGCAAGCAAGUGCAUCAGCAUCAGACAGAUCACGGAUGAGGGAACAACAUGGUUGCAAUCUUCCAAGUCCUAUGAUACUAUCAAUAAUACUUAUGAUGUUUCCACAUAUUCGUAGUUGGAGGGUAUUCCUAGGGCAUGUGCCAAUCAGAGGAGGUGGUGGUGGAGUUCUUGGUGGAGGUUCUCGUGGUGUUUGUGGAGGAGAAAAUGGUGGUGUCCUAGGAGGAGAUGUUGGUGGAGAUUUUGGAGGAGAUACUGAUGGUGAACGUGGAGGAGCGGUUGGUGGAGUUUUUGGAGGAGAUACUGGAGGUGCACGAGGAGGAGUUGGUGGAGAUAUUGGUGGUGGUGUACGCGGAGGAGCAAUUGGUGGAGUUCUGGGAGGAGAUACUGGUGACGCUGGUGGUGUACGCGGAGGAGCGGUCGGUGGGGUUCUUGGAGGAGACGAUGGUGGUGUACGCGGAGGAGCGGUCGGUGGGGUUCGUGGAGGAGACGCUGGUGGUGUACGCGGAGGAGCGGUCGGUGGGGUUCUUGGUGGAGACAUUGGUGGUGCACGUGGAAGAGAAGUUGGUGGAUUUCUAGGGGUCGAAGGUGGAGGUGGGCGCAAACGUGGCGGUCUAUUGGCUUCGGUGUAG